CUAUUAAGCGUUAUAAAGACGAUUGUUUAGUAAUAAAACGUAGAAAUAAGCGGAAAUUGGUGUUAUGACAUUGGUGUGAUGGUCAACAGAGGGGAAAAAAAUCCUCAUUAAGUCUGGGAAGUGUAAUUAUCGGGUCAAUAAAUUAUAUUUGCAUUUGUAUGACGUUUUAUGAUAGAAAGGAGUUUUAGAUGGCAGCAAAGAUGAUUUUCAAUCUUCAGAAGAAGUUUACGACGCUCUCGGCGAAAUGUUACACGAAAUUAGUGCCGGCAGCAAGGACAAAACUGAAAUUAUAGACAUUUGUGAGAAGUUAUUAAAAGCAGUGAAGCUUGAAUCGGACGGAGGUAACGAAGAAACGGAGCAUAAAAUUCUUAACGCCCCCAUCCAUCUCGGGAAAAUGGCAGAAGAAUUUGAAACUAGAUCCGAAGAAGUUAAAAGUAUUUGGAUGAAGCAGAGGGAUCCCAUAUCGUUGGUAGAUCAGAAGAAACUUGGAAAAGCAGAAGCAAGACUAAAGCAAAAGCAAGAGAAGAGAGAAAAUGUUGAAAAGACAACUGUUGGCACUCAGUACAUCAAUAAAGCUGCUACAGCAGUCCAAGCGAUGAGCAAGAAAGACAAUAAAUUAGAAGCUAAAGGAAACAACAGGAGUAAAGACAUUAAAAUCAGCAAUUUUGAUGUAGCAUUUGGUGAUAAGGUAUUAUUGUUAGGAGCCGAUCUAACUCUAGUUUAUGGUAGAAGAUACGGUAUGGUUGGAAGGAAUGGAAUAGGAAAAAGUACCUUAUUGAGAAUGAUUUCAGGCGGCCAUCUAAAGAUACCUUCUCAUAUAUCGAUACUUCACGUCGAACAAGAAGUCGUGGGCGACGAUACGACAGCGUUAGAAAGCGUUCUACAGUGUGACGAAGAGAGACAAAGUUUGUUAAAGGAGGAGAAAGAACUGACUGCUAAGAUUCAUAAUAUCGGGGAGUCGGAAGAAAUCGAUAUGAAUGCCCGUCUAGCAGAAGUUUACGCCCAGUUGCAACAGAUCGAAGCCGACAAGGCUCCUGCACGUGCAUCCGUCAUACUGGCGGGGUUAGGCUUCACUCCUAAAAUGCAACAGACUGCAACGAGGGAAUUUUCUGGUGGAUGGAGAAUGAGGAUAGCUCUUGCCAGAGCAUUGUUUUCAAAGCCUGACCUAUUGUUACUUGAUGAACCCACGAACAUGUUGGAUAUGAAAGCCAUUAUAUGGUUGGAAAAUUAUUUGCAAAAUUGGCCGACUACUCUAUUAGUUGUCUCGCACGAUCGGAAAUUCCUCGACACGGUGCCGACCGACAUAAUCCACUUUCAUUCCCAACGCAUGGACGCCUACAGAGGUAAUUACGAAAACUUUGUGAAGGCCAUGACCGAGAAACUCAAGUGUCAACAGCGAGAGUACGAAGCUCAACAGCAGUACAGAGCUCACGUCCAAGUAUUUAUUGAUAAGUUUCGAUAUAAUGCCAAGAGAGCAUCUCUAGUUCAGAGCAAAAUUAAAAUGCUGGAAAAAUUGCCAGAAGUAAAACCGGUUACUAAGGAAGCACAGGUGACCCUUAGAUUUACAGAUCCAGAAGCACUCUCCCCUCCCAUUCUUCAGUUAGACGAUGUUUCAUUUUCUUAUGUCGAAGGUCAACCUGUUCUCAGGAACGUUAACCUUUCGGCUAAUAUGGAGUCUAGAAUUUGCAUUGUCGGAGAUAACGGGUCGGGCAAGACGACAUUACUGAAGCUAUUGACGAAUGAGCUGGAUCCCACAAAGGGAAUUAGACACGCUCACAGAAAUUUAGUUAUUGGUUAUUUUACGCAGCAUCACGUUGAUCAACUUGACAUGAAUCUGUCAUCCGUAGAAUUCCUAGCAAAGAAAUUUCCAGGGAAACCAGUCGAAGAAUACAGACGUCAGCUGGGAAGAUUUGGAAUAAGCGGCGACUUGGCUCUACAGUCUGUAGCCAGUCUCUCGGGGGGACAGAAAAGUCGCGUUGCUUUUGCGGCCAUGUCCGUACCAAACCCUCACUUCCUUGUGUUGGACGAACCGACAAAUCAUCUGGACGUAGAAACGGUCGAAGCACUCGGCGACGCUCUCAAUAAAUAUAAGGGUGGGUUAGUUCUCGUUUCCCAUGACCAACAGCUAAUUGAACUGGUUUGUAAAGAGCUGUGGGUGUGCAGCAAUGGUUCUGUCACCAGCAUAAGCGGUGGAUUUUCACAGUACAGGAAACUAGUGGAACAAGAGUUAGCAGCACAAAAUUAAACAUUAUAAAAAUUCCAUUUGCAAUAAUAAUUUUAU